UUGUGUGUGAGUGCUUACCACAUAAUAAAUCCUUACUCAAAAAGCGUGUUUCGUCCACAUAUAAGGUGACAACCCACACAAAGGUGCACUUAUAAAAGACAAACGAACAUUCGGUCAAAAACAUUCAAACAGCUUCCAGAAACGGAAGUCACCGGCGGGCUUCUGUAGACACUUCCGCUCUGCAUGAGGAGAAGCAGUCCAUCCUGGUAUUUGCCUUCAUCCUGGUCACUGCGAAGUCCCCGUACCCAAAACAGGAAGCUGAGCAUGAACACAGGGGAUGUCCCAGCCACUGUGACCCUUGACUCCAUCAAUUCUGUCACAUUUACUCAGGACUCUGAUGGAAACAUAAUUCUGCACUGCCCUCAGAAUGAUGGGAAGGAUCUGGGUUCAGACGGGACCACCGAACCUGUUCACAAACGACUGCGGUUGUCCAGUGAAGAUGGAGAAGACCCUCAGGACUCUACCUCAACGGAGUACUCUGUUGUCACUCUGCCAAUUACAGAAGGUGAUGAAAGCUUCGAGGUGACAAUGACUGCUACAGAAAUGAGAGAUGGGGAGCUGGAAUCAGACGAUCCUUCUGAAAUACCGGAUAAGGAUUCUUCUGUCCAAAAGAAAGAUAAAGAUGUAUCAGCUGUCAGUCAAGCCUGGUUCACCACGAAAGAGGAUAAAGACACACUGGUUAAUAAGGGUCACAAAUGGAAACAGGGCAUGUGGUCAAAAGAGGAGAUUGAUCUCCUGAUGAGCAACAUAGAGCGAUAUUUAAAGAACCGAGGCAUUCAGGACCCUGCGGAAAUCGUCUUUGAGAUGUCAAAAGAGGAGCGAAAGGAUUUUUACCGCAGUGUAGCGUGUGGUUUGAACAGACCGCUGUUCGCUGUAUACAGACGUGUACUGCGAAUGUACGAUAACCGAAACCACGUAGGCAAAUACACUGAUGAGGAGAUCAAUAAAUUGAAGGGGCUAAGGGAGAAACAUGGAAAUGACUGGGCUACCAUUGGGACGGCACUUGGCCGCAGUGCUUCGUCUGUCAAGGACCGCUGCCGACUCAUGAAGGACACAUGCAACACCGGAAAAUGGACGGAGGAGGAGGAGAGAAGGUUGGCGGAGGUGGUUCAUGAGUUGACUGGCACAGAGGCGGGUAACGUUGUAACUCAGGGAGUCUCUUGGGCAUCUGUGGCUGAACUUGUCGGCUCUCGCUCAGAGAAGCAGAGCCGCUCCAAAUGGCUCAAUUACCUUAACUGGAAACAGAGCGGUGGCACGGAGUGGACCAAAGAAGAUGACAUCAACCUUGUUCGCAGGAUAGCUGAACUGGAUGUGGAGGAUGAGAAUUACAUUAAUUGGGACAUUCUGGCCGGUGGGUGGAGCAGCGUUCGCUCGCCUCAGUGGCUCCGCAGCAAAUGGUGGACCAUCAAGAGACAAGUGGCCAAUCACAAGGAACUUCCCUUUCCUGUCUUGUUGAAAGGGCUGCAGGAUGUUGUGGAGGCACCGCCGUCUGCGAUGAACAAGGUCGUGGUGGUUGGUUCCCGAUCUGCUAAUGCUUCGCCCAGCCCCGUCACCGCACUGCAGAUCCCUGUCCAGAUUCCAGUGCAUAUCACACAUGUCUCUUCUUCAGACGGUGCAAUCGGUACCUCAGACAGUGAAACAAUCACGUUGAACUCCGGAGCUCUACAGACCUUUGAAUUACUGCCUUCAUUUCACCUGCAGCCCACUGGCACCCCUGGAACGUAUUUCCUCCAGACAGGAACCAAUCAGAGCCUCCCACUCACACUCUCAGCCAAUCCCACGGUCACACUCACAGCUGCAGCUUCUCCAUCUUCACCAGACCAGAUUAUAUUACACAGCCUCACGACCGACAAUGAGAAUGUGACCGUUCAGAUGUCCCACCCUGGCAUCAUCAUCCAGACGGUGACCUCAGAGGACCUCUCAGACCCUCUCGACCAAUCAGAGCUGGAGGGAGAGCAGGAGCUAGCGAAGGAAGAGCCUUCAGAAAACCAAAACAACUCCGGAGAAGAGGAACAGAGUGAGGAGAGAUCAAAAGAUAUACAAGAAGGAGAAAAGACUCUCGACUCUCCUAAAGUUGAGGAAACAGUAGAGAGUUCUGGCAUGGGUGAAGGAGCCGUGCUCAUGGUUCCGUCUCCGAGCAGCUUUAUUCCUACUAAUGAGGACAUCAGUGCAGAUUCUGUCCUGCCACUUGGAACGCUGACAGAUCCCAUUCUGGAAAACCAGGAAGAGGGAUCAGACUGACCAACAAGACACAAAACACUGACUUCAGAGGAUAUGUUUCCUUAUGUAGGGACAAAUGCAGCAUGCAGGAUCAUCCAGACAUCAUCAAAAGAAAUGUGCGUGCAUCAAAACACUUCAGUAUUUAUUUAUCAUGCAAGUUCCUGAGCCUCAUAUGUGUCUCAGUGCAGUUAAAAACAUUAAAGAAGCGACACUUGUUUUUUUAUGGUGUAUUUAAAAUUAUGUAAUACGUUCAUUAUUUUAAAUGUUUUUUUGUGUGUGUGUGUGUGUACAUUUAGAUUUGACUAGUUUUUGUAGCCUACUUUCCUGCUUAACAGUAAUACUUUGCACUGUUCUGAUAUAUUAGAGCGGUUGUACAAGAAUGUUUGCAUCAUUCCAAAUGUCCACUAGACUAGAUGGCCAUAAUUUAUCAAAUGGUUUAAAUAUUCACCUUACCUGUAAGUUAGUGCCUCUGUGUUUAUUUAUUGAAUGAACCAAAUUUUGUCACCA